ACUCCCCCCCUCUCUCAUUGCAUCCAUUUUUGUGCAUUAAAGAAAUCUCCAAGAAUUACUAACCUGGAGGAAGGCGAGCUAAGCAGAGUGACGGAGGAGGGUUAAGGACCCCAGAGGCAGACAAAUAAGGACGGACCGGGCAUCUUUUAUUCCAACAUGCGAGUGAAACCCCUCUAAGGGAUGGCAACGAUGGGUUAGACAGGAUUUAACAUGACUGCAAAAUAAAAGCCACUGUGUGUAAAAGAUGUCUGCUCCACACGGGCCCCGGGACGGCCCUGGCCCUGCUGCUGCUACUCCCUCAGCGGCCGGCGCCAUGCCGGAGAUGCCGGACCUCAGCCACCUCACCGAGGAGGAGAGGAAGAUCAUCCUCGGCGUCAUGGACCGACAGAAGAAGGAGGAAGCGAAGGAGCAGUCUAUGCUAAAGAUCAACGAAGAACCAAAGCCUCAGCCGGCACAGUGGUUUCCCUUUAGUGGGAUCACUGAGCUGGUAAAUAACGUUCUUCAGCCCCAGCAAAAGUCCCCAAAUGACAAGGAGCCAGAGCAAAAUGCAAAAUUGCACCAGCAGUUUGAGUCAUAUAAGGACCAGGUUAAGAAGAUGGGGGAGGAGACAAAGCAGGGUCAGGACCAGAAGAGCGAAGCCCCAACCUGCGGGAUCUGCCACAAAACCAAGUUUGCCGAUGGCUGUGGCCACCUCUGUUCAUAUUGCCAAACGAAAUUCUGUGCUCGGUGCGGAGGACGAGUGUCUCUGCGGUCAAAUAAGGAGGACAAAGUGGUUAUGUGGGUAUGCAACUUGUGCCGAAAACAACAAGAAAUCCUCACCAAAUCGGGGGCAUGGUUCUACGGCUCGGGGCCUGAUCAAGCGCGGGGUGUGUUUGAGGGUGGGCCACAGGGGAAGAAGGCCAAACUGCAGGACCCGUCCCUAUACCCCUACCAGGGAGCCUCAGGAGACUUGACACCAGCGUCAGACAGAAACAGACCUCACGGCGGGCUCCUGCCCAGACAGGCGUCCCUUGACAACGGUUCAGGGCUAAGGAAACGAAGCCCGUCUGCAUCCAGGGAUCCAAACCAAAAAUACGACCAAAGGGAGGGGGGCGACCACUCACAGUAUGCCCCGACGGACGGCGGCAUGCCUAGAUCACCGUCUGACUAUGGGGAGGGGGACCCUCGGCGGGCUCCGCGGGGCCCACACAUGUACUCAGAUAUGGAUGCAGCGCGAAUGGGCUAUCGGGACCGUCGAGGUCCCGGUCGCUGGCACUCACAGGAAUACCCACUCGACCAGGAGCUAGAUGGACCGCCCAGUGAGUAUGACCUCCAGCGGCAGCGCCAGGAAGAGUUCCAGGCACGCUAUCGCAGCGAUCCCAACCUGGCACGCUACCCUGUUAAGCCGCAGCCCUACGAGGAGCAGAUGAGGAUGCACGCUGAAGUGGGCCGGCUAAGGCACGAACGUCGCCACAGCGACGUCUCCCUGGCCUACACGGAGCAAGAUGAGCCCAGCCCCAUCCGGCUGUCGCGUCAGCUUCUCACUGAGCGCCGGCCGCCUAUGGUGGGACAGCGCUCCUACUCCGUUGACCGGUCCUCACCAGGGCCAAUGGGUCCUGGCCUCGGAGGCCACAGAGGAAACCACAGCCCCCCAACGCCACACCGUAGUCCCGUUCUGGGUGACCGGUCGGGGGACCUGCGAAGAGGAGACCUGGGGGUAGGUGGGGAUAUGAUGAGGAGGCCGCAGCACCACUUGGACCCCAGUUCAGCUGUCCGCAAGACCAAGAGGGAGAAAAUGGAGAGCAUGUUGAGGAACGACUCUCUUAGCUCAGACCAGUCGGAGUCGGUGCGCCCACCACCCCCCAAACCCCACAAAACCAAAAAGGGAGGGAAGAUGAGGCAGGUGUCACUGAGCAGCUCGGAGGAGGAGCUGGCCACCACGCCGGAGUACACCAGCUGUGAGGAUGUGGAGAUAGAGAGUGAGUCAGUUAGUGAAAAAGGGGACAGUCAAAGGGGAAAAAGAAAAACUAUUGAGCAGGCAUUUAUGUCCGAGGCGACACACACCUUAUCUGAGAGGCAAAAGAAAAUGGUGCGCUUUGGGGGACACUCAUUUGAAGAGGACUUGGCAUGGUGUGAACCGCAGGUUAAAGACUCGGGAGUUGAUACGUGCAGUAGCACUACGCUAAACGAGGAGCAUAGCCAUAGUGAGAAGCACCCAGUGACGUGGCAGCCGUCCAAAGAUGGGGAUCGCCUAAUAGGGCGCAUUUUGCUCAACAAGCGCAUGAAAGAUGGAAGUGUGCCUCGAGACUCAGGUGCUCUGCUCGGUCUGAAGGUGGUGGGAGGCAAGAUGACAGAAUCUGGUAGACUUUGUGCUUUCAUCACUAAAGUGAGGAAAGGAAGUCUAGCAGACACUGUUGGACACCUCAGACCAGGAGAUCAGGUGCUGGAGUGGAACGGGAAGCUUUUACAAGGAGCCACAUUUAAAGAAGUUUACAAUAUCAUACUAGAAUCCAAGCCGGAGCCGCAGGUGGAGCUGGUGGUCUCGCGGCCUAUAGGAGAUAUUCCAAGGAUACCAGACAGCACACACUCACAACUGGAAUCAAGUUCGAGUUCUUUCGAGUCUCAGAAGAUGGACCGUCCUUCCAUCUCUGUCACUUCUCCUAUGAGUCCCAGCAUGCUGAGGGACGCCCCCCAGUACCUGUCAGGACAGCUCUCAAGCCAAAGCCUUAGUAGAAGAACACCGCCUUUUGCCCCUAGGGUCCAGGUCAAACUGUGGUAUGACAAAGUGGGCCAUCAGCUAAUCGUCACCAUCCUGGGUGCCAAAGACCUGCCACCCAGGGAAGACGGCCGGCCCAGGAACCCUUACGUCAAAAUCUACUUCCUCCCUGACAGAAGUGACAAAAGCAAGAGGAGAACAAAAACAGUAAAGAAAUCCUUAGAGCCCAAAUGGAACCAGACCUUUAUGUACUCGCCGGUGCACCGGCGGGAGUUUCGGGAACGUAUGCUGGAGAUCACAUUGUGGGACCAAGCCAGGGUGAGGGAGGAGGAGAGCGAAUUCCUGGGAGAGAUCCUGAUUGAGCUGGAGACGGCUCUUCUCGAUGACGAGCCACACUGGUACAAGCUACAAACACACGACGUGUCAUCUAUCCCACUCCCACGUGCCUCCCCGAACGCACAGCGCCGGCAGCUCCACGGAGAGAGUCCAACGCGGCGGCUGCAGAACAAAGGCUCUUAUUCACACAACUCAGGAUCCCAAAGGAUAAGUGACAGUGAGAUCUCAGACUAUGAUUGUGAAGACGGCGUUGGGGUAAUAACAGACUACCGGCCAAAUGGCAGAGACUUCCAGAGCUCCACGCUGUCGGUCCCCGAGCAGGUCAUGUCUUCUAACCACUGCUCUCGGUCAGCUGAUAUAAACAGGGUGCGGUCGCGCUCUCCCAGCGUUCCCCCACCCUCCAGCCGCAACCAUCGUGUGUAUCCGAUCUGCCGCGAGGAAGCAGUCAGGUUACUGCGUUCCACUAGGAUGACCCGUGCCUAUUCAGAGGGCGCCUACUCCUCCGACUAUGACUACGAGAGGAGCCACGGAGCCAUGGAUAGACACGAGUAUCACAGCAGGUCCCGCUCUGCAGACCAGCGGCCCACUAUAGAGCGCCACACGUCCCGCUCACGCUCCACUGAACGCCCCCACGACUCUUCGCUCAUGAGGUCCAUGCCUUCUCUGCCAUCUGGGAGGUCCGCCCCCCCCUCACCUGCCUUGACGAGGGCACAUCCGCGUAGUGGGUCCGUCCAGACCAGUCCCACAAGUACCCCUAUGUCCAGUAGACGAGGUCGGCAACUCCCACAGCUUCCACCCGCAGGCAAAGACAGAAAAGAUGGAGACGAAGGAACAGAGCCUCGUGAAGAAGACACGGACUCACCAAGUUGGACGAACUCAGGUAUGGACAUGGAGGAGAGGACCAGACAGAUGAAACUAAAGAUGAACAAGUACAAGCAGGGAGCUGGUUCUGACUCAAGACUGGAGCAGGACUACCACAAGCGUUCAGGCAGAGAUCCACGGGGCUCCGACAACUUGUCAGCCAAGUCGUCGGACAGUGAUGUAAGCGACGUGUCCGCUGUGUCGAGAACCAGUAGUGCCUCUCGGUUCAGCAGCACGAGCUACAUGUCUGUCCAGUCAGAAAGGCCGCAAGGAAACCGCAAGAUCCGCCAGUUGCGAUCGAGGAGCCAUUCUCGGGAGGGGGAUGAGCAGUUAGGAGAAGUGAGGGAGGAAGAGGAGGCAGGAGAAAAAGGCAGAGGGGCUAGUAAAGAAGGAAGGGUGCAGAGAGGGGGGAAGGAGUGGGAGGGAAAGGUAGACGCAGGCGAAGAGCAUCAGAAGGAUUUGAUGGAGAAAGAAGAGGACUUGCACCAAAGGAGUAUCUCAGAGACUGACCUCAGUGACUUUGCAUCCAAAAUGAAAAACAGGCAGAUGGGCUCAUCGGGUGGGAUGAACAUGACCAAGAGCACAAGCAUCAGUGGCGACAUGUGUAACCUGGAGAAGACGGACGGCAGUCAGUCGGACACGGCGGUUGGCACGGUAGGCACUGACGACAAGAAGAGGCGCUCCAGCAUUGGUGCCAAAAUGCAGGCCAUGGUUGGCAUGUCGCGCAAGAGCCGGAGUACCUCUCAACUCAGCCAAACAGAAGCGGGAGGUAAAAAGUUGCGCAGCACUAUCCAGAGGAGCACAGAGACAGGCCUGGCGGUGGAGAUGAGAAGCAGGAUGACUCGGCAGGCCAGCAGGGAGUCCACAGACGGAAGCAUGAACAGCUACAGCUCCGAGGGAAAUCUCAUCUUCCCUGGUGUGAGGCUGUCCUCAGAUGCCCAGUUCAGUGACUUCCUGGAUGGUCUUGGCCCUGCUCAGCUGGUUGGGCGACAGACAUUGGCUACUCCCCCUAUGGGAGACAUCCAGAUUGGCAUGGUGGAGAAGAAAGGUGCACUGGAGGUGGAGGUCAUCAGAGCCCGUGGCCUUGUGGGAAAACCAGGUUCCAAGGCACUGCCAGCACCGUAUGUAAAGGUCUACCUUUUGGAAAACGGAGUCUGCAUAGCCAAAAAGAAAACUAAAGUAGCAAGAAAAACCUUGGAUCCUCUUUAUCAGCAGCAACUGCCGUUUGAGGAGAGUCCAGGAGGGAAGGUUUUACAGGUCAUCGUAUGGGGUGACUAUGGACGUAUGGACCAUAAAUCAUUCAUGGGAGCAGUUCAGAUACUGUUAGAUGAGCUGGACCUGUCCAACAUGGUGAUUGGCUGGUACAAGCUCUUUCCUCCUUCCUCACUGGUGGACCCUACUCUGGCCCCACUGACAAGAAGAGCUUCCCAAUCCUCACUGGACAGUUUCUCUCGAUCAUAGCAGCGUGUGGACUGAUAGCGUUGUUGUAGCAGCCAGUGUUGCGAUUACAGGUCACGCCCCCCCCGGUUACACUGCAUGCUUGAUGUUGUGUCUUCUGAGCCUGUUUCUAGGGGUGCAAACGUGAUCCUGUGUUUUGAGCAAAAACGUCACGCACACUGUGCAUGUGGCGAAGCGUAUCGCGAGCGCCUGGUAGCAGGGAUUGCCAGGUGUUGUUGUUGUUGUUUGGAGGAAGCCGGAAUGAACUCCUUAGCACGAGGAAUCCGUCAAUUCCAGGUUUUCAUCCAAUUCGAAGCCAUGGGGGUCAACACUGGGAACCUCUGAAUGAGUUCUACAGAAGCCCUUUUCGAAUGAAAAAUCUGUGUGUUGCUUGAUUUUAUUUUUUUUCCUGUGUCGUUUUCAUUUCUUUUAUUUACUUUUUUCUUUAAAUGUCAGUGUACUUGUCUCUGAAGGGGGUGACAGUGUUUCUAACCAGAUGCUUGGUCACGCCACGCCAACAGACCUAGCCGUGUAGAUGGAAUUUUCGAGACCAUCACUUUGGGUGAGGUGUGUCCCAGCUUGUAACCACACUCCCACAGACCCCAAAAAGAAAAAACCCCGCAUACUCUACAUAUAUCUACCCGUUCAACCCAUACUGGUAAAGCACCGUAAAAGAUUAAUCAAAUGCCACUUUAAAGUGGCUGCCCUCAACACCCCCUUCCCCCAAAAAAUAAAUAAAUACAGUAACAAUCCAAACUCCAUGAAAAGAUGUACAAUCUUACCAUAUUUCUUUCUCUGUUGAUAUAUUGUAUGAAAAUUAAAUGAGAUUUUUCUUUUCCCUUUUUUUAGUUUCUUUGCAUGGACACAAAUUUAGCUGAAUAAAAAAAGAAAGAAGAAAAUUAUUUUCUUGAGGCUGUAACUUGCAAAAAAAAAAGAUGAAAAUAAACAGAAUCAGCCAUUUUCAACAAUUUAUAUUAUUUUUAAAGAAAAUUUUCACUAGUGCAUGGUUUUCAAGGGGAGUGAAUGCAACAUCGUGACUGAAAAAAAAAAGGACAUUGUUUAUCAUUCUUUACACCAUUCAUGAAUCUGCAUUUUGCAGACAUGCAGAAAAGGGGAACUUAAGAAUUAUUUAACAGAAAAUGUUUAUGUGACAAAAAGUGAUAAUGAAAAUAAAUGUAAAUGAUCUAUUUCAUUGUAAAAGGCUAAUGCCUUAUAAAGAUAAACAUAAUGUGCAAAUUGUACAUGUUUCUCUUUUUCUUCCUUUCCCAGGGUACUUCUCAUCGUACUAUUCAUUGCUACCAUUGUUCAGUCCCCUGACAUCGUCCAGAUUUUAGGACUGUUGGUUACUUUACAGUACUGUAUCGUUUCACUAUGUUUGUUUUCUUCCUUCUUUUGGAUUUGGAUUUGUUUAACAAGCAUGUUGAAAAGGGUCUUUUGCAACAUGGCUUGGGCACACCUUACAGUAACUCAGCAUGUUUUGAUAAAGAUGAUAUUUGGAAUUUUUGCAAUUUCUUGUACAGUGCAUGUCAACUUCAUUACUUUUCUCCCUCACCUUAAAUUGAGCUCUAUGGCAAAUUAGUUCUUGGUCUUCCUGGGCCAUUUAUUGAAGUUUUAACAGAACAUUCCACCCCACCCGAAAGUCACAUUUUCUUUCAGGUUUUUGAGGAAAAAAAAGAAUAAGAAAAAAUAUGACAAGGAAAAUAUUUUAUAUUUAAUGGAUGCUGGCGAAACAGUUGUGAUUGCAAGUGUAUUUUAUUUCAGUAUUGUUGACGAACAUGCAAAAAUAAUCUGUACUGGUACAGCAAAGAGGUCUAUACCGAAUCAAGAGACGGCAAACAUGCGCGACAUGCGUGUUGCCAUGGUUCAAUUUUACAUCACUGUUUGUGAAGAUGAGCUAAUCACAAGUUGAAAUAAUAAGGGAUAUUGCCACAGAAUUUUUUUUUCUUGUUUUAAUGAAAAUGAAAUUACUUUACUAUAUUUUUGUUAGUUUUAUUUAAAAGCCAAGACCAGUUUAUUUUUUAUUUUCUAUUUUUAGUAAUUAACAAUACUUCUCGUGUCUGGGAAGUACAUGAAUCUUAUAGUUGCAGUAUGUCUGAAUGAAACUGAAUUGAGGCAUUGUUCCUUUUCCACGUGAAGAUAAUGCAUUUUAAUGUCAGAGAAAAACCUUGUCGCUUUAACAAGCUACAGUAUAUAUUUUCAUUUUCAUUGUACAUACCUUUAGAUGUCAGAAUUUGAGUAAACAAGCUACCACAAGUAGACUGAUAGAUUCUUUUGGAAGAGGAAAAAUGCCUCAUGAUGACAAAGACAUGUUAUUUAUCCUUUUGAAUGCCUUUUCAUUUUCUCUUUUUGGUGCAAUGUGUUAAUGCCAAGGCUAUGUCUUGGUUAAGUAUGGUUGAGUACAGAGAUUUAUGUAAGUUAUUUUUCAAAUUAAAAAUAAAAAAAAUGAUAUUACACUGA